AUGUUUCAUCAACAUGAAUCUCGAUGUCAUCGUGGUUUUUAUUUACAUCUCUGGUUUAAUAAUGAAAAGAACUUAACAAGAAAUACAUGUCUUUGUCCGUCUAGUUUUUAUGGUAAUAUGUGUCAAUAUCAAAAUCAACGAAUGAGUUUGACCAUUAUAUUUCGAACAUUAUCAGAUUCUUGGACAACAUUAUUUGUAAUAAUUAUUUCACUUAUCGAUGAUAGUGAAGAAAGAAUUAUUUAUUCAUAUGAACAAUUCACUUAUUUGCCAAUAAGAGAUUGUAAAAUCAAAUUUUAUAUAUACUUGCUCUACUCAAAUCGACCAAAAAAUGAAACUAAAAAUUAUGCAAUACAUAUUGAUAUUGAUAUUUAUGAAAAAAGUUCAUUGCCAUAUCGAGGAAGUUUAUUUUAUCCAAUAAAAUUUCCAUUUUUACCUGUUUAUCGUAUCGCAUAUAUAGCAAACAUUCCGCGAACUAAUGAAAACAUUCUGAGUUGUUCAAAUUCUCAAUAUAUUGAUGGAAAAUGUGUCUAA